AUGACGCUGGCCGAAGAGUUCCGCUCGCGCAAUUUUAGCAUCUAUGGUCAAUGGACCGGUGUGCUAUGCAUUAUCCUUUGCCUUGCGCUUGGAAUUGCCAAUAUCUUCUCCUUUAAUGCGAUCCUGAUCAUCUUCAGUUGUCUCUGCAUUGCUUCGGCAUUCAUUAUCCUCUUCAUUGAAGUUCCCUUCCUCCUCCGAAUCUGUCCCACGUCUCCCAAAUUCGACUCUUUCAUCCGUCGCUUCACCACGAACUGGAUGCGCGCCGCUGUCUAUACCGUACUCAGUGCUGUCCAAUUUGUCAGCCUAGUCACCAGGGCCUCUAGUUUAAUCGCCGCUGCCGUCUUCCUUCUGUUCGCUGCUUUGUUCUAUGCCCUCGCAGCUCUCAAGAAGCAGGACUUUGUGGGCAGCAAGACGUUGGGUGGCCAGGGAGUUGCGCAGAUGAUUGUCUAA